GGGAGCCUUUCCAUGGGCCAUCGGCCUCCGCGCCAGCCCCGCCGCCCUGCACUCCGCCGCCCGCCCCGGCGGCACCCGCAGUCCCGCCGCCUGCGCCCCGGAGCCGCCUCGCCGCCGCUGCCGCCGCGCGAGGAGCCAGGAUGGUCCUGGUGCACGUCGGCUACCUUGUGCUCCCGGUGUUCGGCUCCGUGCGCAACCGAGGUGCCCCCUUUCAAAGGUCUCAGCACCCUCACGCUACCUCCUGCCGCCAUUUCCACCUGGGCCCCCCGCAGCCGCAGCAGCUGGCACCCGACUUCCCGCUGGCCCACCCUGUGCCAUCGCAGCAGGGCCUCAGCGCCCACAUGGCCCCGGCCCACCAGCACAGCGGCACCCUGCACCAGUCGCUGCCGCCGCUGUCCACCCUGCAGUUCCAGGACGUCACCGGUCCGUCCUUCCUACCUCAGGCCCUGCACCAGCAAUAUCUCCUGCAGCAGCAGCUCCUGGAAGCCCAGCACCGCAGGCUGGUCUCGCACCCCAGGCGGAGUCAGGAGCGAGUGUCUGUCCACCCCCACCGCCUCCACCCCAGCUUCGACUUUGGCCACCAACUCCAGACGCCUCAGCCCAGAUACUUGGCUGAGGGCACUGACUGGGACCUCAGUGUGGACGCUGGCUUGAGUCCUGCUCAGUUCCAGGUGCGGCCCCUGCCCCAGCACUAUCAGCAUUACCUAGCGACUCCUCGAAUGCACCACUUCCCUAGAAACUCCUCCUCCACGCAGAUGGUUGUCCAUGAAAUACGAAACUAUCCUUACCCCCAGCUCCACUUCCUUGCUCUCCAGGGCCUGAACCCCAGCAGACACACUUCCGCGGUACGGGAGAGCUAUGAGGAGCUACUGCAACUUGAGGAUCGGCUGGGGAAUGUGACUCGGGGAGCUGUGCAGAACACCAUUGAGAGGUUCACCUUCCCCCACAAGUACAAGAAGCGAAGACCCACAGAUGGCAAGGGCAAGAAGGAGGACGGAGAGGAGUCAGACACAGAUGAGAAGUGUACCAUCUGCCUGUGCAUGCUGGAAGACGGGGAAGAUGUCAGGCGUCUCCCCUGCAUGCAUCUCUUCCACCAGCUGUGCGUGGACCAGUGGCUCGCCAUGAGCAAGAAAUGCCCCAUCUGCCGCGUGGACAUUGAGACACAGCUGGGAGCUGACAGCUGAGGGAGGAGUGAGCUGUAGACACCCCGUUUUCCUUUAGCAGGUCCCCCCACGGCCAUAGCCCUUGCAGCCAAACUUUGCCUUCUGAGCCAUUUGAUUGAGAGGAAACGCCUGCAGGCACAUUUUGUGGAAAGAGAGUUGGUGGUUUCGGGUCUGAGGGACAGGAGGGGUGGGGCUGAGCGCCCCUAUCACCUCGCUGCCAUGAGGGAGGGAGCUGGCCGUUGCAGGGGUUGUGGGGGGCCCUCGCUGCUGAGAGUCUAGACGUAGCCCUGUCCCAGCUCAGCCCGCCCCCGAUCCCGUCCUCCCAAGGAUUGUAUAUAUAUACCUCUUGACCAUGUAGAAACCGUGUAGGGGCCUUGAGCCACUUUGUGGUGGCGGCCAGAGCAUGUUAGCUUAAGAAAUGUCGUGUGUGGUGCUCUAGUCAUCUUGUGGUGGGCAUGUCGCUAGUACCGAACCCGCACCAAAUAUUUCUCAUUGAGUCUCUUGUCCUGGUGCCUGACUGAACCCAGCCAACCAACAGCAGCCCAGAUCUUCCCGUCUAUGAGAGGAGAGGAAAAAAGAAAAGAAAAGAAAAGAAAAGAAAAGAAAAGAAAAGAAAAGAAAAGAAAAGAAAAAGAGAAAAGCCAAAUCUUGUUUACGGUGAAAAAGAAAAAAAAAUUUCACCUAGGUUGGGAGACGGGAGGGGGUUUUCUCAUUUUUUUUUUUCCAGUCUAGUUUUUUCCCUUUGCUGUUGUUUUUCUCAUGUUUACAGUGCACGGAACAGGGCGGGGGAGGGGUGGGCACGAGCAGAUGAGGGUCUUAGAGGGGUCUUGGGGGGCUCUGCUGAGCUUAGAAGUAGAACUUGAGGAGAGGGGGUGUCUUAUUCACAGGGAAGGGGCUCCCCAGUUUAGAGCUCUCCUCUGUAGCUCCAGCCAGAAGCAGGAAGGGGAGCAGCCUCCCAUCAGAGUCAGUUGUCAGCUGCCCCUAAAACUCAUGGAGCCCCAGAGCCAAUGCCCGUGCUCAGACCAGCUUCUGCCUUCAGGCUGCUCUCAAGCCCUCACCAAGCAGUGGCCACACCACUGCCUCCCUGUGUAAAACCCAAAUUGGAUGAUGGUGAUAGGACAGCACAAGUGAUGGACCCCAAUGCCUCAGAGCCCUGUGGCAUCCUGCUCUUGGGACCAGCCUGACUGGGUCUGCAAGGUACUGAGUCCUAGCUCCUGACUCUUUGAUCACCAUGGCAAACUCCUUUUUCCCUCUGUGCCUCAGUUUCCUUCAGGUGGGAGGAACACCAGUGCCCCCUCCCCAUUCCCACCUCCCCAACCUCCCCCUGUGCAGUGAGGACUGGCCCCACUUCUGGUGGGGGACUCAGAGUCAGGAGCUCUCAGUCACAUCUCCAAUGUGUCUCACCCCCCCCAAUUUAUCUGGGUCACAGUAGGAGCAGGGGGAGGGCAGAGUGGAGACAGGGAGUCUGUCAAAUUCCCUAGACCCAGCUCGAUUCCCACACCUGUUACAGGUUUGCACCAGGUCAGCUCGACUGUGCUCACACCCUCUGCCUGCCUCUGCAUGUGAUCCCUACCCCCACUCCAGUCCCAAGACCCUUCCAUUGAUGAGAGAAGGUGGAUUCUUAACCACAGAGCCCGAGAAACCCAGUAGUUGAGGGAGCUGAGUCUGCAUGGCUGCUACAAAGGGCGAGACUAGGACCAAGGGUGCAAAUGGUGAGGUGGCAUGUUGGGUCUUGAGUGGGAGCUAUUAAGAGGUGGCUCUGGACUCCAUUAAAAGAGAGCCUGGAGGAGCAGGGCAUCUAGACCAGAAGCCCCAGGGAGCUGAACAUCUAGACCAGAAGCCAACAAAGUGGCUCAGGGCUAAAAACAAUGAGCUUACGUGGUCCGGUUUAGUGAUUCUAGUGUGUGAGUGUGGUUCAGGUCCAAAGGCCAGGGACCCACCUAUAAGAAAAGUACAGCCGGGUCAGGAAUUCAGGAACAGCUCCCUGCAGAAGCUGGAGGUAGCCAAGGUGAAAGGCUUCCUUUUGAGGGAGACCCUCUCCUUAGUCUCCAGCGCUGCUCCUCUCUGAGGCUUAGCAGCCUGACCCUUAGCUGAGUGUCAGGUGGGGAGACCACAUACUAGAAAAGCAGGUGUCUUGAGGGGCUCCAGCCCAAGUCCUCACUGACCUUGUGGUGAUAUUAGCAACACCCCCAAGUCUUCUGAUGGAGAUAUGGAUGGGAGGUGUGACUGGGUAUGUCAGGACCCCCUUUCUGCUGGACACGUGGAGACUGUUGGAUUCUUGCACCUAAUCCCUUUGCUGCUCACAGGCUCUGAAUGCCCAAACAUCAAACAUCUUCAAGUCAGCAGAGCUCUGUGCCCACUUAGCUGUUGAAAUUGACUUUCCUUAGGGGGAGGGGUCACAAACACCAUUUCAGAGGUUGGGGGCACGUGACCCCCCUGCCUCCGCCUGCCCCAGUUGUCUGCAGGAUCCCAAGUGCCCCAGGGUUACUGCUGGGAUGGGGCACCACCCAGCCAGCAGAGGCUGACCACUUUGGGGGUAGAUCCUGAAGUCCCCCUUCCUUCCCCAUCUCCCUAGGGUCUCAGGACACUACAGCGAGGCAUGCAAUGGGAGGCGUGACCUGGGACAGGCUGCUCCCAGCUCCCAGCUUCCUCAGCUAGGCAGGCGCCUGGGUGAGAGCAAGGAGGGAUGUCUGUGCUUCUGCUCCCCAUAGGCCCCUCCUGUGGGGACCCCUAUUGGGACUUGGGGUGAGCAGAGGAGAGGCAGGGCCUCAGCAUCUCACACCCACCACUUCCAGGAGAGGAGACCCCCAUCCUCCUGCUCAACCCAAGGGACUCAGACCCACUCUUGACUGAGUGCCUUCUGGGGCACAAGCUGCCCCAGGGUUCAAGCCAGGCCUCCUAGCAACCCUGCAGCCCUGGCUGCAGUGGGUCCACCGAGGACAACAUCAGUGGGACCAUCGUGGGCUCCUGCGCUCGCCCACACCCUGCGGCCCUGGCCCCUAUCCCCAAGGCCGGACUCAAGCUCCUCUUCUUCAACAUGGUCCCAGCCUCCGUGUAAGUCCUCUGAACUCUAUGCCUAAAGAACAAGCACAGUUUUUUCAACGGUGAAGAAAAAGCACCAGAAUUUUCUUUUUCCUUCCUUUUCCUGAAGAAACCCCCCAGCCCCGCCUGCCGGCGGGGGGACACUCCCCACAUGGGGCCAUAGCAACGUCUGUCAGGUUCCCCCUCAUGUCUCAUCUCCUGCGCGUAGAGCAAAUGCUAGAGUGAUUUCAGCUGAUAGAAAAAAAAAAAAAAACCACAAAAACAUGGCACGUUGCUAGUUUACAGGGUUUUGUGAGUUUAAAUGCCUUAUAUUUAACAAUCAUAAUUUAUGACUAACUUGUAGAUAUCGUGGGUUCUUAUUUAAUUAUUUUUAUAGUUGUUUUGCAUUUUAAAUUAUAAUUUAUUUAUUUAGAAAGGAUGCUAAUUUUUUUUUAUUACUCCUAUUACCUCAUUUUGGCGUUGUUUGGGAGUGGAAUGCUUUUGCAUGCAUUUGGUACGAUGACAAAACAAACAAAAACAUUUAAUGAAAUUCCAAGAACUUUCUUUGGUCCUGACUGUCAGGGUGUAUGGUUGCGAAGCUGCCCUGCUGUGGUGCUGGCCCCUGGGUCUAUCCCAUAUGAAAUGCAAACUUUGAUUCUGUAUGCUGUGAUCUAGUGAAAAACUCCAACAUAGUGACUGUACCUAGCACAUAGAGAAAUAUAAUUUGCACUCAUCAACUGACUGGGUACCCCUUUCACUUGCUACCUUGUGAAUACCCCCAUCCCUGUUUUCCCUUCCUGCCUGGUCACCCCGCCCCCCCAUGAGCUCAGUCCACUCUCUUCCAGGAAGCAGGGGGACAUAACAGACUUCUCUGUCUCUCUCCCUCUUUCUCUUUCUCUCUCUCUCUCUCUCUCUCUCUCUCUCUCUCUCCCACCCCCACCCCAAAUCUCUCUAGUUCCAAAACUGGGCCCUUCCCGCAGGAUCAGCAUCAGGGAGACCAGAGGUCUGGUGGACAAGCGUGAGCCCAGGCUGGGGAGGAGCAGGGUUUUCAGACAUUGUCUAUGGCAAACUUGCCCAGGAUGCUGAGCACAUCAGUGAUUUUCCGAGUCUCUGUUUUCUGAGGAAGGUGAGCCAGAGGAUCUUGGGGACUUUCAGAUUCAGACCCAAGCUGACACAUGAGGUGGAGGAAUCACCCACUGUGUUACCCCCUCCCCCAGAAGAAAAGAAAGGAGAGGAGAAAGGAUGGAAAGAAAGAAGGAGAAAGAGACGGGGGCAAUGAGGGGGUUGAAAAUUUAGUGAAUUUUCUGGAAGGAAACAUCUAGAAGUUUUUUUUUUCUUCCUUUUCUCUACAGUGACCUGCAAGUGACAGGGAGGGAAGCUAGGGGGACCCCCCCACCUGGACAAGGAACGUGCACCUCAACAAGGGUUUCUGGCCGUUAAAGGGAAUUGGAAUCCACUUUUUGUUAAGACAGUGGGACCAGAGCAGGCAGCACAUGAGCCCUGAAGAAGGUGAUUUAGCUGGUGUCCCUGACAGCCUGUCCCCCUCAACCAACCCCCCUCAUCCUGUCCCCCCUUAUCCCAUCCCCCCUCAUCCUAUCCCCCUCACAGCCAGUCCUCCCCCUCAGCCUUUUUCUCCCCUCAGCCUCCUGCUCCCCUCAGCAUCACUGCCUUGCCUGGUAGAGAAGCCCACCCUCCACCAGAGGCCCCUAUGGUGCUGAUGGUGGCGUGGAGACCGUGUAUGCUGGGUCUGUGGGAGAGACUGGGCCAGGCAUUGGCACCUGAGCCUCAGCUUUGCCUGCUGGAGGAGGCAUGCCAUUGCCUCGGCCUCCUGCCUACCACCUGCCCGGUGCCAUUCCUGCCUUGGACCCAGGGCCUCACUCUCCUGUCAUCCUUGAGAUGGGCUGUGGAGUCCCCCGAGUCCUGGGACUGCCACACUACCAGGCCUGGCAGACAUGGCCUAUACCUGGGCUCCCGGACGUGAUGUCUGACGCUGCUCUGCACGCUUUUCACAGUGGAAAGGGGCCUUUACACUGCAGGCCUCUGCCCCCCCCCCCCCACUUUACCUCUCCUCCCUGCCCCCUGCCUCUCCUUUGACCUGGCCACUCCCUUGACCCAGUCUCCCCCCUGACCCGGCCUCCUCCCCCCCACCUGGCCUCUCCCCCUUACCUGGCCUCUCUUCUGACCUGGCCUCCCCCCAGCCCCACCCCUGGGCUGGGCUCUGAGUUAGCUGCUCCAGGCCUUCUGGGAGGCAAGUGAAAGGAUUACCCUCAGGCUGAUUGUCCCUUUUUGUAGCCCUGCUGUUUUGUUUUGUUGUGCUGUGCAACAUUUUGCUACAUAGACUAUUUUAUAGCAGAAAGCUAGAAGAGUAUUUAUUAUGAAUAUUAAAGCAAUAGUGCAUCACUGAAAAGGCGGAGAUGUUAGGAAUUGUGUGAAUGCUUAGAUUCACUUUUGGUGGAUUUUUUGUACUUUAUUUAUAACUAAUAAAAAUGAACUGCAUUGCUAACUACA